CAACAGCCCCCGCUGAGGUCGACGGCCGGCAGGGAGGUAAGGGGCUGAGAGAGGCAAACCUUCCCGCCCGGAGCCAAGUUCCCCGCUGCUCUCGGGGGCCACCUCGUUUUCCUUCCCCCACUGGCCGCGACUCGGAGGGUUCCGUUCCGCGGCGGGGGCGCGGCCGGGGACUGGGCUGUGAGUCUGCUGCGGCAGGCGGGUCGUAUAGAGUUCACGGCCGGCCCCGAGGCCGUCUCACGACAGCCCGAAGACAAAAAAGGCUCGGCGGGGGCAUCGUCGCCCCACGCCCGGAACCCAGUUCCCCACUUCUCUCGCGGGGCCGCGAGAGACCCGCGAGCGUCGGGAGCGCUACGGAUCUGGUCAAGGCGGGGCAGCCAUAGCGCCAGACCCUUUCUCUUCCUCCGCGCCUCUCAGCAGUAAGAAGCUCUAGUUGGCUUGCUUUCCAAUCAUAGUUUGGUUCUGUCGUUUAAAAAAGUCCCUACCUCGUAACGCCGGGCUCCAUCUCGAGAACUGACCGAGGCUUGUGAGUGCUUGGGAACCGGGCCCGCUCGGCGGCCGCAGCCCGGGCGUCCCACCUCCUUGUAGCAGGUCGAACGCCGAGGCCCCGGAGCAACGCGGAGAUGAGGAGCCGGAGCAAUUCCGGGGUCCGCUUAGACGGAUACGCGCGGCUGGUGCAGCAGACAAUCCUGUGUUACCAGAAUCCCGUCACGGGGCUGCUGUCAGCCAGUCAUGAGCAGAAGGACGCCUGGGUGCGGGAUAACAUCUACAGCAUCCUGGCUGUGUGGGGCCUGGGCAUGGCCUACCGCAAGAAUGCUGACCGCGAUGAGGACAAAGCCAAGGCCUACGAGUUGGAGCAGAACGUGGUGAAACUGAUGCGGGGUCUUCUCCAGUGCAUGAUGAGACAGGUGAAUAAAGUGGAGAGGUUCAAGCACACUCAGAGUACCAAGGACAGCCUGCAUGCCAAGUACGACACCGCCACCUGCAGCACCGUGGUGGGCGACGACCAGUGGGGCCACCUCCAGGUGGAUGCCACCUCCCUCUUCCUCCUGUUUCUGGCCCAGAUGACUGCCUCCGGCUUACGUAUUAUUUUCACUCUUGACGAGGUGGCCUUCAUACAGAAUCUUGUUUUUUAUAUAGAAGCUGCAUAUAAAGUCGCUGAUUAUGGAAUGUGGGAACGUGGAGAUAAGACCAAUCAGGGCAUUCCAGAACUGAAUGCAAGCUCUGUAGGAAUGGCCAAGGCAGCCCUAGAGGCAAUUGACGAACUGGACCUUUUUGGAGCCCAUGGAGGUCGCAAGUCCGUGAUCCACGUUCUGCCCGAUGAGGUCGAACACUGCCAGUCUAUUCUGUUCUCCAUGCUGCCAAGAGCAUCGACAUCUAAAGAGAUUGAUGCUGGGCUUCUUUCCAUUAUUUCUUUCCCGGCCUUUGCAGUGGAAGAUGUGAACCUUGUGAAUGUGACCAAAAAUGAAAUUAUUUCCAAGCUCCAGGGGCGUUAUGGAUGCUGUCGCUUCCUUCGAGAUGGUUAUAAAACCCCAAGAGAGGACCCAAACCGAUUGCAUUAUGACCCUGCUGAACUCAAGCUCUUUGAAAACAUUGAAUGUGAAUGGCCUGUGUUCUGGACUUAUUUCAUAAUAGAUGGGGUCUUCAACGGUGAUGCUGUUCAGGUCCAAGAAUACCGAGAGGCCCUGGAGGGAAUAUUAAUCAGAGGCAAGAACGGGAUCCACCUGAUGCCUGAACUCUACGCCGUCCCGCCUAACAAGGUAGAUGAAGAGUAUAAGAAUCCUCACACGGUGGACAGAGUUCCUCUGGGGAAGCUGCCCCAUCUGUGGGGUCAGUCCUUGUACAUCCUCAGCUCCCUGUUGGCAGAGGGAUUCCUUGCCACUGGUGAAAUUGAUCCCUUAAGUAGAAGAUUUUCCACUUCCGUCAAACCUGAUGUCGUAGUACAAGUGACUGUUCUGGCAGAAAACAAGCACAUUAAGGAGUUGCUGAGGAAACAUGGGGUGAGCUUGCAGAGUAUUGCCGACAUUCAUCCAAUCCGAGUCCAGCCAGGCCGGAUUCUUAGUCACAUAUAUGCCAAGCUUGGACGGAAUAAGAAUAUGAAAUUGAGUGGGCGACCAUAUCGGCACAUCGGAGUCCUUGGAACAUCUAAACUAUAUGUGAUUAGGAACCAAAUCUUUACUUUCACACCCCAGUUCACUGACCAGCAUCACUUCUACCUGGCCCUGGACAAUGAGAUGAUCGUGGAGAUGCUGAGGAUCGAGCUAGCCUACCUGUGCACCUGCUGGCGGAUGACGGGCAGACCCACGCUCACCUUCCCCAUCACCCAUACCAUGCUCACAAACGAUGGCUCAGAUAUUCAUUCUGCUGUUCUUUCUACAAUUCGAAAACUAGAGGAUGGAUAUUUUGGAGGAGCUAGAGUAAAAUUAGGGAGUCUUUCGGAAUUUCUCACCACCUCUUUCUACACGUAUCUGACCUUCCUGGAUCCAGACUGUGAUGAGAAGUUGUUUGACGAUACCAGUGAAGGGAGCUUCAGUCCUGAUAGUGAUUCAGAUUUGGGAGGAUUUUUCGAAGACGCCUAUAAUCAAGAAAGCCAGGAUGAACUUGACCAGUAUAUCAACCACCUCCUGCAAAGCACAUCCUCGAAGUGCUAUCUGCCACCUCUUUGUAAGAAGACAGAGGACAGCCAUGUUUUCAGUGCCAUCUACUCCACUCAGGAUAUACUUUCCGUGAUGGCAAAAGCAAAGGGUUUGGAAAUUCCAUUUGUUCCCAUGGCUUUGCCAACUAAAGUUCUAAGUGCCCACCGUAAAUCGCUGAAUCUUGUUGAUUCUCCUCAGCCACUCCUAAAAAAGGCCCCUGAAGAUGACUUCCAGUUUCCCAGAGAUGACCACGGCAACAUAGACUGUGAGAAGCUGGCUGAGCAGCUGAAAGACUGUUCGAACCUACAGGACCAAGCGGACAUUCUGUACAUUCUGUAUGUAAUAAAGGGUCCCAGCUGGGACACAAAUCUCUCUGGACAGCACGGGGUCACUGUUCACAACCUCCUCAGUGAGCUAUAUGGAAAAGCCGGCUUGAACCAGGAGUGGGGUCUGAUCCGCUACAUCUCUGGCCUACUCAAGAAGAAAGUGGAAGUCCUGGCUGAGGCCUGCACGGACCUGCUGUCGCACCAGAAGCAGCUCACGGUGGGCCUGCCGCCAGAACCCCGGGAGAAGACCAUCUCUGCGCCUCUUCCCCCCGAGGAGCUCACAGAACUCAUCUACGAAGCCAGCGGGCAGGACAUCAGCAUCGCCGUGCUCACACAGGAGAUUGUGGUUUACCUGGCGAUGUAUGUCAGGGCACAGCCCAGCCUCUUCGUGGAGAUGCUCAGACUCCGGAUUGGACUCAUCAUUCAGGUGAUGGCCACGGAGCUGGCGCGGAGCCUGAACUGUUCAGGAGAAGAAGCUUCUGAAAGUUUGAUGAACCUCAGCCCUUUUGAUAUGAAAAAUCUCCUACACCAUAUUUUAAGUGGAAAAGAGUUUGGUGUUGAAAGGAGCGUGCGGCCUGUCCAUUCCUCCACAUCCAGCCCUGCCAUCUCCAUCCAUGAGGUGGGACAUACUGGAGUCACCAAAACCGAGAGGACUGGCAUCAACAGGCUGAGGAGUGAGAUGAAACAGAUGACUAGGCGAUUUAGUGCCGAUGAACAGAGGUCCAGCACCCCAUCCUCACCCACGGGCACGUCGUCGUCAGACUCAGGUGGGCAUCACAUCGGCUGGGGGGAGCGGCAGGGCCAGUGGCUGCGCAGGAGAAGGCUGGACGGGGCCAUCAACAGGGUCCCCGUGGGAUUUUACCAGAAGGUGUGGCAGAUCCUUCAGAAGUGUCACGGUCUGUCCAUCGACGGUUAUGUGCUUCCAUCCUCGACGACGCGAGAGAUGACCCCACAGGAGAUCAAGUUUGCUGUCCACGUUGAGUCGGUGCUGAACCGAGUGCCGCAGCCUGAGUACCGGCAGCUGCUGGUGGAGGCCAUCAUGGUGCUGACGCUGCUCUCGGACACGGAGAUGAACAGCAUUGGGGGCAUCAUCCAUGUGGACCAGAUCGUGCACGUGGCCAACCAGCUGUUCCUGCAGGACCAGAUGUCGAUCGGUGCCACGGACACACUGGAGAAGGACCAAGACACGGGCAUUUGCCACUUCUUUUACGACAGUGCUCCCAGCGGGGCUUAUGGGACAAUGACCUACCUAACGAAGGCAGUGGCUUCUCAUCUGCAGGAAUUGCUGCCCAGUUCAGGCUGCCAGAUGCAGUAGGGCCUUGGCGCUCUGAGUCUGUCGCUUUCUCGUGGGAACUUUCUUGUGUUCCCCAAGAUCCCCUGUGCUGUCACAAAAGCAUUUCCCGUCAGAAGCACUGGCAGGGAGGAGGUGGCAGUAACACACCUGAAAGCAGUAUACGUCCAAGCCGCAGAAUCCUGUGCCCGCCCCCGAGGAGCGCCCUGGGAUCAUCUUCUUGCAUUCAUUUUGCUGGGAAGUUUGUCACAGCAUCUGGUCUCCUGGAGUCUGAGGAGGUAUCGGAAAUUGGUCUCCUCUUGUGAGUGCAGAGUGAAGUGAGAAGGCAGCUUAAAUUGGCUUUCGCAGAGUUGCCGAACAGGUUCAGUGAGCUAGUGAUACAUCUUCAAGAUGAAAAGAUCCUUCCCACAGCUGCGGACCUUGGCAAGGGGCACAUCUUAACAGGGUACAGUCUGUCUGUGGGUCAAAAUGUGCAGCAAAUAGAACUCAUUCUGCAGAGG